AUGUACUGCAACAAAAAAAUAACAUAUCAUUGGUUAGCCAGUAGUGAUCCAGUACCGAAGACUCCUAAACCACGUAUUCACCAACAAAAGGUUUUAUUGUGUAUAUGGUGGACUAAAGCAGGUAUCGUUCAUUAUGAGUUGCUACCAAGUGGACAAACCAUUAGUGCUGAGAUAUACUCAGCCCAAUUGAACAGAGUUUCGGUUGUUCUUCACCAAAAACAAGCAGCUUUAGCGAACAGAAAAGGUGUUGUAUUCCACCAGGACAACGCUAGACCGCACACCGCAAAAAUCACGCGGGAAACUCUAGCACGUUUACAAUGGGAGAUUCUACCUCACCCUUCGUAUUCACCAGACCUUGCCCCAAGCGACUAUUACCUGUUUUUGGCCCUAGAUAAUCAUAUGAGGAAUCGACAGUUUCAAAAUAGAGAAGAUCUCGAAAAUGAGUUAAAUCACAUUUUUAGCUCCCAAACUCAAGACUUUAAUAAAAAUGGAAUAUACAAGCUUGUUUCACAAAGGGAAAAAGUCAUUCUUGCUGAAGGAGACAAUUUUUAA